GUCAAACUGCGUGACACGUCACCGUCACUGUUGCCAUCGAUGGCUCACCCACCACGGAGCCACAAUGGCCUGGUACAAGAGCGGGCAGGAGCGAAUCGGUUCGCGAAAGCCUAUGUUCCUCGCUGGCUCCGCGACGUCAAUCUUGCGCCCUUCCCGCUGAUUGAUCCGGGCGUGCUUCCUGCGGUUGACUGGCGUGCCUGGAAUGGAUCUCUGUGCCCGUCGUCGAUGCUCGAAGCUUACGACGCAGAGAGGGCGAACCGCCACGCGAUUUGUGCAGAUCUCUUGACCCAGUUCAAAGCCAAGUAUGACAUCGGCAUUCUGCAAGAAGCUCGACCAAUGCCCGUUUCGUCGCCUCAGACGAGCGCAAGAGCAGCCUGGGCUCAGCACGACAGCUCACGUAGCUCACAAACUCCUUCGCCUGCCCCUCCUGCUGUCCAGACUCCGAGUCUCGCCUCGCAGACAACAGCAACGACGGCUGCGACGAGCAUAAGGUCCAUGUCACGAUCCCCAGGCCGGCUUGUCCAUCUGCCCACUCUAUCGCAAGAGCACUACGGUCUCCGCUUUCUGAGCAUCCUCCAUGAAGAGUUCAGGGCCAGAAAGGAAGUGCUCACAUCGGCAGAUAUAUACAUGACCACUCUCGAGGUUGAGCAGUUGCCCGCCUCUGCAAUCUCGCCGGCACGACAGCUAUAUGCAUUUGAUGCAAAAAACAUUCGCGAGGGUUGGCCACCCGUCGAGAUUGGUGACAGAAUCCUGCUCCGGCAGCUCUACCCGGAGCAUCUGACCGCUCAAGGUACCUGCUUCGCUGCCAGAGUUCACGCCAUCUCGCGCGUCCAAGGCCGAGUCAUCGUUCGUUGCGAUGCCCUUUUGCAGAAUUGGGUGUCUGGCUACUUCAACGUCCAGUUCACGCCCCAGUCGCAGUACUUUUCUGCAAUAGACGAAACGCUCCAGCUCUACCAGUCCCUGCUAGACCCUUCACACUUUCCCCUUAGUCAUUACCCCGGGGGUCCCAGUCCAGCUAAGCAGGAGCAAGCAAGAGCUUGGCUGUUCCCGACAGAGGAACUUGCAUCCCGAGUAGGAUAUAGCAGUCUGCAUUCGCUCGAGCGGUGGCGAGACGAGCAUCUCAACGCCGAGCAAAGGCGAGCGAUCACAGAUGUUACCCUGCGCACCCGGCGAGUGCCCUAUCUAAUCCAUGGCCCGGCCGGAACAGGCAAGACCAAGACGCUGGUUGAGUGCGUUCUUCAGAUACUCGAACACGAUCCUAACGCCCAUCUGCUCGUCGUCGGCUCCAGCAACCCUUCUGCCGACACGCUCGCUAAACGCUUGCGAAGCCACCUUGAUCCUUCUGUCAUGUUGAGACUGCAAGACGCAAGCAGGCCUUUCACAGAGGUCGUCGAUGACCUCCUCAUGUUUGCACAUAUCGAGGAUGAUCGCUUCGCUAUGCCAUCCUUGCAAGCUCUGCUCGCCAAGCGCGUCAUCGUCACAACCUGUCUGGACGCCCAGAUGCUCCUCCACGUAGGCUGUACCAACGGCCUAUUGCAACAGAUUGAGCGAAAUGUGAUGCGGAGCAUACAUCCACUUGCGCCGUUGUCUAAAGUUGCCCAGCCGCAUUUCACGCAUCUGCUAGUAGAUGAAGCCGGUCAGUGCUGUGAGCCAGAGGUGCUCCUACCGCUAGCCGUCAUGCUACCUUCUGGCGAGCUCGACGAUCGUGUCCGCCAACCGCAAAUUGUGCUGUGUGGUGAUGUCAAGCAGCUUGGUCCGACAAUUGACAGCGAGGAAGCCAGAGCGCACGAUUUCGAUCAGUCACUUCUGGAACGCCUGUCUGAGCUGCCUCUCUAUGCUGAACAUCCGAGCGCGAGAUCCAAGGGAACGAGCCGGACUGGCAGAUCGCCCUUGCCUCCUCGACCCGUGCACUUUGCAGACCUCACCCGCAAUUACCGCUCGCACCCCGGUCUUCUCAUGAUGCCUAGCGCGCUCUUCUACGACAACUCGCUGAGGGCGGAAGCAGCAGAACAGAUCAAAGCUACUCCGUUACUCAGCUGGUCUGGGUUGUCUGGCUCUCACAUACCGCUGUUGUUCCACGGCGUCGACGGCGAAGAAGAUUGGGUCGAUGAGGGCGCGAGCUGGUACAACGUCACAGAAGUCGAUCGAGUUGUGGCUUACGUCAGCUCGCUCUUAGGAAGCUUCAAAGGACGGCUUCAGCCCAGCGAGAUUUCCGUCAUCUCGCCCUUCCGAGAGCAAGUCUGGCGCGUUCGACUGGCGCUACGAUCGCGUGGCCUGAGUCAGGUUGACGUAGGCAAUGUGGAAGCCCUUCAGGGCGCUGAAAACCGUGUCGUCAUCAUCUCUACUGUACGGUCACGACGUGUCGACUUUUUGGCAGACGAUGCCCUUCGAAAUCGCGGCUUAAUCCAUCAGCCGAAGCGUCUCAACGUUGCGAUCACAAGACCAAAAGAGUUGCUGAUCAUUGUCGGUAAUGGAAAAACGCUGAUCGAGGAUGUAUGGUGGCGCAAGAUACUUCAAUUCUGCCAGCGUCACUCGCUCUAUCGGGGAGCCAGCUUUCCGGGCCUCGAAUCUACUGAACUAAACGAAAUAUCGCUGCUUGAAGAGACAUACCAGACGAAUCCAGACCACUUCCGAUCGCUCGUCUCGUCGAUGGCGAGGACAACACUUUCUUGCGAAUAGAUGAGUUAUCAGGCAAGAGUGCUCUGCAGAGCGCUGAGCACCGUGUUGUUGUACUAUGACGAGCAAGUCCUGCAUUGCAGACAGCAACAUGAUCAAUAGGUG